CUCAGAUCUUCAAUACCCAGAAGGCAGUGAACCUGUGGAAUAUGAAGACACCCAGCAGAAAGCCACAGAGGCUGACCAGAUCGUUCCUGCUUUUGAUGAGCCACGGCAGACACCUGUUGAGGAAGCCAUUCCAGUUGAUGAGCAAAUGGUCCAGGAAACUGCCCCACAGCCUGAAGAAGACGCACCACGUGAGGACAUACCAUUGGAGGAAGAACGACCUGUUGAAGUUGAGGAAGUUCAGAAACCAACUGAGGAACAAGAACAAGUUGUUCCUGAACCACAAGAGCCAUUUAUUGAAACAGAAACUAUCACUGGUGAACCAGAAACUGAAACAUUUGAAGAUGAAUUUGAAGAAACAUUACCUGAUGGAACAGUAGUAACUCGAAAAGUCACACGCACAAGGACAGUGACUAAAGUAACGCAACGAACCACAAUGGAAGGAUUUGAAGAUCAGUUUGAACCAGAAAGACCAGU